UCUGGGAUAGAGCAACAGCCUCCGCUUGGAAUUCAGCUGCUAUGGGACCAUUCUAUCUCCUCACAGCUGUGGUUCUGUCCAUGUGCUGUCAUUUUCAGUUUGCAUUCGCUUGGACGGUGAAUAAUUUCCUCAUGACUGGACCAAAGGCUUUUCUGACAUACGCCAGCAGUGUGCAACUGGGUGCGCAGAGUGGAAUACAAGAGUGUAAACACCAGUUCGCCUUGGAAAGGUGGAACUGCCCAGAGAGUACGCUCCAAUUAUCCACACUCAACGGCCUCAGAAGUGCCACAAGGGAGACUUCUUUUGUCCAUGCCAUCAGUGCGGCCGGAGUGAUGUACACGCUCACCAAGAACUGCAGCAUGGGGGAUUUUGACAACUGUGGCUGCGAUGACUCCAGAAUUGGACAGACAGGAGGCAGAGGAUGGAUUUGGGGAGGCUGCAGUGAUAAUGCGGAGUUUGGUGAGAAGAUCUCCAAACAGUUCGUUGACGCACUGGAAGGCGGACAUGACUCGCGCGCAGCAGUCAACCUGCAUAACAACGAGGCAGGCAGACUGGCGGUCAAAAGCACAAUGAGGAGAGCCUGUAAGUGUCACGGAGUGUCCGGGAGCUGCAGCAUCCAGACCUGCUGGAUGCAGCUGGCCGACUUCAGGGAGGUUGGGAACUAUCUGAAGAUGAAGCACGAGAACGCAAAGAAACUAGAGAUGGACAAGAAGCCUGCGAGGGCUGGGAACAGCGCGGACAACCGAGGAGCCAUUGCGCACGGCUUUCGUGGAAUCCCUCGCACGGAACUCAUCUACCAGGAGGAUUCCCCGGACUACUGCCUCAGGAACAAGAGCAUGGGCUUCCAGGGCACCGAGGGGCGGGAGUGUCUGAAGGGCAACAAGAACAUGUCCCACUGGGAGAGGAAGAGCUGCCGCAGGCUGUGCUACGAAUGCGGCCUGCGGGUGGUGGAGAAGCGCAUCGAGGUCGUCAGCAGCUGCAACUGCAAGUUCCACUGGUGCUGCACGGUGAGGUGCGAGAAAUGCACGCAAACUGUUACCAAAUAUUACUGCGCGCGUAAAGAAAGCGGGAGGAAAACACAUAAUAAAACGAGGCGCAGGCACAGUGCGCGCAGGCAGUGAUCGCCCUGUGUUACAGAGACUUCUGAGUCAAUAUGCUCAUCAAAUUUCAGCUCCCACAAGAUUAUUGACACCAUUAAGCUUUGUACAGAUUUGUAAUAAUGUUAUUUUCAACUAUCACAUUGUUGAAGCCUUUUAAUGCACUUUAUCUAUAAUGAAUGGAUCCUGUAUAUAAAUCAAAGUAUCAUGAGAGAGAAACAUCCACGCAUGCUAACUGGUUUAUGUUGGUGCUUGGGGGUAUUUUCUCGGAUUUGUAGCGUUUGUCUUUUGUGAUGUCUAAAAUUAAUAUUUUAU